GCUGUUUUGACUACUUUGUUGGCAUAAAAAAGGUAGUUGCUGCUAAAUCGGAUUGAGUGUUGGACGAGAUAAAACUUGGUGAGAAUAUGUCUGGGAAAGAAAAUUUUAUCGCAGUGAAUGGAGUGAAGGUUGAAGAAGGAACUGAUGAAGUGAAGCAAGACAAACUGAUUGAAAAAAAUGGAGCUUUCGACGCAGACAAACAUCUGGAUGAAGAACUUGAUCAGAAGGAAGGAAGAGAAGCAUGGGGAAGUAAAGCAGAAUUUCUACUCGCAUCAGUGGGUUUAGCUGUUGGCGUGGGUAAUGUAUGGAGAUUUCCAUACUUGUGCCAAAAGAAUGGUGGAGGUGCAUUUUUGAUUCCGUACUUUUUGAUGAUGAUUCUGCAAGGAUUUCCUUUAUUCAUCAUGGAGUUUGCUAUGGGUCAAAGAAUGAAACAAAGUGCAGUCAGAUGUUGGACCAAUGUCCAUCCUGUCUUUUUUGGUGUUGGCAUAUCAUGUAUGCUCGUUUCGUUUGCCAUGUGUUCUUACUACAUUGUUGUCAUCACGUGGUGCUUGUACUAUUUCUUCGUUUCCUUCACAAAAGAACUUCCUUGGCAACAGAAAUUUUGCGAUAAAUACGACGCUUACAUGAUCGUUAAAAAUAAUUUAACACUCUGGCAGCAACAAAACCAAAGCCUAGUAUGGGUUUUUAACGCAACACAAAAAGCUCAAGCCAUGGUUGAUAAUUUUACGGAUUGUUGCGUAUUAGAUCCGCCGCAGUAUUACUGGUACCAUUCUGCACUCCAAGUUUCGCCUACAAUAUCCGAUGGUAGUAGUGUCAAUUGGAAAAUCUUUGGUUGCUUAGCAGCCGGAUGGUUUGUCGUUUACAUUUGUGUCCUGAAAGGUGUCAAAUCUAGUGGAAAGGCUGCAUAUUUUACCGCAACGUUUCCGUAUGUGUUGCUUUUUAUUCUAUUUAUUCGUGGAGUUACACUAGAUGGAGCUGGUGAUGGAAUCAAAGCUUUUUUCACCCCUGAUAUAGACGGUAUUCUAAAAUUUGAAGCAUGGAUGGAUGCAGCUACGCAGAUUUUUUACAGUUUAAGUAUUGGCUUCGGUGCAUUGAUAGCAUUCUCAAGCUACAUGCCAAGAAAGAACAACUGUGUUAAUGAUGCGAUAACGGUGGUGUUGGUGAACUGUGGAACAUCUCUCUUUGCAGGCAUUGUAACUUUUUCGUUUCUUGGUUAUCGACACAAAAGAACCGGCAUUCCUGUCACAAAGGUUGGUACAGGACCUGGUUUAGCAUUUAUGACUUACUGUGAAGCGUUUCUGUUGAUGGAUGUGUCUCCAUUGUGGGCUGUUUUGUUUUUCAUGAUGUUGGUGCUGCUUGGAAUAGAUUCCGAGUUCGGUACAUUAGAAGGAGCAGUUGCUCCUCUUUAUGAUUUGAAAUGGGUGACAAUGGCGAAACCAAAAUUCAUGGCCAUCAUUGCAGUGUCAUUCGUUAUCUUGGAGAUAGUGUUUUGUUUGGGCAAUGGUUAUUAUUUAUUCCAAGUGUUUGAUGAUUACUCAGUUCCAGUUCCUUUGCUAAUUAUAGCAUUGUUUCAAGUUCUGGCGUUAGGCUGGGUGUAUGGCUUGGAUAGACUGGCAAAUGAUAUUGAAUAUAUGACAGGAAAAAGACCUAAUAUAUUCCUAAUGGUUUGCUGGAAAUACGUUUCACCUGGUGUACUUAUAAUCGUGUUUAUUGGAUACAUUGUUACUAUGAUCUCCAACACACCUACAUACAAGGCUUACGUUGGUUGCGUACAGGAUCCUUUCGACUUGUCCAUCAGUGAAGGUACAGAAGUAUGGUGGAAGAAGUUUGUCUAUCCUUGGUGGUCACAACUGCUAGCCGCUGUUUUAGUGUUAAUGUCUGUAUUGCCAAUUCCAAUAUACAUGUUCAAAAAUUGGCCAAAAGGUGGUUUUACUGCAAUCAAAGAGCACUUACAAAACAAAGCAAGUUAUUACCCAGAUCCAAGCUGGAUUGAACCAGAGAGACGAAUCCCUCCUGCUGAGAUGGAGAAGCAAAUCCGGGCGGCAGAUAAGGCUGCAUUGAAACAGUUGUAUAUCGACCGUGGAGAUAAAAGAUUUUUUGAUGUGAAAAACGUUGAAUCAAAGCACGAUUUUUGGGUUUAAGAUAAUAUCUUCUAAAUGUUUUUGCACUAUGUAGACUGCACACUGUAAAUAAUUGGUAGCAUCCCAUCCACAUAUCCACACACAACUCACAUCGAACCUUCUAAUCAACCAGUGGAGUAUAAACUGGCAUUUUUGCAGCCAGUUUUUUAAAACCUAUAAGAUGUCGACCAUUCAGGCGUUGUGCUUCUGAGUACAUCCCAUUUCCAUGUUUUUAGCUAAUAAGAUUAGUGGAGUACUUUUAACUUUAAUGUUAAUUAUUUGCGUCCCAUGCAUUUUUUUUUUAUUCUAUCCAUUUGUAGUACGACAGAGCAACAGAGUCAACGCAUGUUUACGAGUUAGACUAAUAGAAGUUGUGUCAAUCUAUGUUCUUUUUUUAGAACAUAGAUUUACUAAAACAAGUGCACUAAAAUGUUUUUAAUAUUUUUUAAAAAAUAUGUUGUAAAUAUUUACAAGCGUAUUUAUAAACCGGCACAGUUUGAGAACUAACUUUUCCAGUUAAAACAAUUUGCAGUUAAAUUAUUGGCGCCAGAUGAACGGAAACAUUCGCUUUCGCUUAUAAGCUAAUUUUUACGUACAUUUUUUGGUAAAACUAGCCUCGGUUCCCAUCAGUGCGUGAUAUGAAUCAAUUUUAACAAGGGUGAGCUGUGUUUAAAAGUAGAAAUAUUUAAUAGGCGUGUUAUUUAACGCUGCGUGUUUAUAGGUUAACGUACUUUUUAAUAAUGAUGUACUCACUAUGGCAACGCCAACAAUAACAAAUAUAUUUUCCCUUAUUUCGUUC